AUGUCAGACUUCUGGGACUAUUUUCUUGAUAUCCUAGAUGAUGCUAAAGCAUAUGCUUUUGAACGUUGUACAGAAAAGUCUGCCAGUUUUACCAGCAUGGAUCUAGCUUUGGAAAUUGAUAAAAUGUUUUAUGAGCAAACUGGCACAGUGAAACAACCUGGAAGCCCUCUGAUUCGUUCUGUGCCGUCAUGUCGACUAGAUCUUAAGUCAUGGGGAUUUAGUUUCAAGGAAAAUGGACAACGCCCGUACUACGAAGGCCAUGAAAAACCCGGUGUCAUACAAGACCGCAAGAAUUUUAUUCAGUUCUUUCUUGAUCACAAAGAUCAAUGUUACACAGUCAGUGAUGGAGUUCAACCGGUCUGGAAUCUGCCGUUACGCAAGCCUUAUAUUGCAUUAUUAUUACUUGUACUUGUCCUAGCCCUGGUCGUCUGUGAUAAUGCCAGAACACAUACGGCUAAAUCUCAUUCCGUAUAUGAUUUUAAUAAAAAGAUAGGUGGGAAAUGUCCAGUUGAGGCUAUCGAAUACAUCGAUACAGAUGGAAAGAAAAAGGUGUUACAGUGUUUCUUCGCGAAAGGCGUUAACAAAGGCAAAAGUAAAGGUCUGGCCGAGAUUGCAAAAGAGCUGAAGGUUAAAGUUCCAGAUGGGGUUAAGUUGGCUAAUUUGAGAAGUUUAUUGUCAGGACAUCCAGCAUUUAAGACGAAGUCAAAACUAGAGAUUUUGGGUGAUAAGUACGGUGUCACAGUCCUAUUCUGUCCACGUUACCACUGCGAACUUAACCCUACAGAAGGUUUAUGGGCUUCGAUGAAACUUUAUGUACGACGUCACACGGACCAAACCUAUCCAACAAUGCUAAGACUAAUUCCGGAAUCAAGGAAAAAUUUCGAAGACAGAAAAAUUUAUAUUAAACUUAUUCGACGUUUCUGGCGAGCUAUCAAAGCUUACAACGACAGACAAUCAUACGUAGACGUGAUGAAAAUGUUCUUUUCAGAAAAGUGUCGGGGCAGUGUGGUCAGUCACACACGAAUCAGUAACAGUCGAAUCGACGACUACAACAGUUUUUUUAUUUUUAUUGAAAACUUUUACAUAUGUUGUUUCUAUGAAUGAAUGUUUCUAUUCUAUGAAUGAAUUACUAUGUACUUCACCACCAUGAGCAUCCAAAAAAAUGGUUUAAAAAGCAACUGAAUCAAAAACGCUGGGGGAAGAAAAAAGCGGAGGUUGCGUUUCUGUCUCGUUUUUGGUAAAAAUGCAGUUUCUCAGCGAAAAAAAUUUUUUUCUUAAAAUCCAUACUUGCGUUUGUAGCCCGGAAGCAGGGCUAUCGAAUGGCAUAAAAUUCAAUGAGAUUGCUCUUAAUGUGAAAGACUACAUAGGUUUUUGGCGGAAGGGUCUCGUUUUUG